AUCCUUUAUGUCCUAGAACGGACUAGCGCGGCCAAUCAAAACUUCCCGCUGUCAACGGGGUCCUCAGGCCCCCCUUGUUUUGGUCAGGCGCGCCGCAGCCUGCCGCUCCGCUGGCACCAAGCCCCGUCUCCUUUCCCAUCUCGCCUUCACCCGCCCAUUCCAUCCAUCCCGCAACUUCUCUCCUUCCAAAAGACAAACCUCUUCGCCCAACACCAAAAAGACCCCUCGACCUUCAACCCAAACUUCAUUUCUUCAGCUGCAUCGUCAAAGAAACUUGCGCAGCUCCUGUAUUCUGUACCUCUUUCUUCAGACCGACCACUCCUCGCGCGCAAGCUUCUACGCGUCAAAGUUUGAUUCUUCAUCACAUCAGCACUUCGUUUCGCAUCACGCUCUUCACGACCUAAUAAUAGUUGAAGAGAUUCAUCGACCAGCUGCUACUCAAUCGCAGCACUAUCUCGAGCAAAUCAUCCCACCAAACAAAUCCACCUCCACAAUCAUCAUGUCUGGAAAGCUUGACCAGUCUCUCGACGAGAUUCUCUCGACCCAACGUCGCUCUGCCGGCGGACCCGGCCGUCGCUCUCAGCGUCGAUCCACUGGUGGUCGCCCUGCGGCCGCUGCCCCAGUCGGCGGUGUUCAGAAGACAUCGCGACCUGCGCGCGGCGCCGCCGCCAACAAGCCUAAUGCCGCCAAGCCCGCGCAAGGCUCUGGUGACAGCAAGGUCAUCGUGAGCAACCUGCCCAAGGAUGUCAACGAGCAACAGAUCAAGGAGUACUUUCUCACAUCAGUUGGACCCAUCAAGAGAGUCGAUAUCUCUUACGGACCCAACUCUGUCAGCCGUGGCAUUGCCAACAUCACUUUCCGCGAGGCGGAUGGCGCUAGCAAGGCCUUCCAGAAGCUGAACGGUCUUCUUGUCGACAACCGCCCGAUCAAGAUUGAGAUUGUCGUUGGUGCUUCUCAAGCAGCGAACGUCAUCCCCCCUGCUAAGAAGACUCUUGCUGAGCGCACCACGCAACCCAAGGCUCAGCCCAAGUCCGCUGCUAACAACAAGCGCAACAACGCGAACGCUGGUAAGGGUGGCCCUGCCGCCGCUGGUGCUGGUGGCAAGAAGCAGCCUCGUCCCAAGCGUACCGGCCGUCCUGCAAAGAAGACGGCAGAGGAGCUUGACUCUGAGAUGGCCGAUUACUUCGAGUCUGGCGCCAACCCCAAUGAGAACGCGGCUGCCGCCGCUCCGGCUCCCGCUGCCACCAACGGCGACGCUGCUAUGGAGGAUGAGAUCAUGUAAACGGUACAUGGCUACUACAGACUCAUUCACAGAACGCCGGGCACUGAGGAAGUCAAAGUGGCACAUCGCGUGGGGGGCUCC